AUGGCUAUUGGUACAAGUUUCGUUAUCACCAAAAAGGGCUUAAUGCAUGCCUCUGAAGAACAUGGCUUCGCAGGUGAAGGAUAUUCAUACCUGAAAAGUCCCAUCUGGUGGGGUGGCGUUUCUACAUUGGCCAUUGGAGAAAUUGCAAACUUCGCGGCCUAUGCAUUUGCGCCUGCGAUCCUGGUGACGCCACUUGGAGCGUUAAGUGUUUUGAUCGGUGCGGUGCUUGGCUCAUACUUUCUCAACGAACGACUAGGCAUAUUAGGAAAGCUAGGAUGCGCGCUUUGCCUCUUGGGUUCAGUUGUCAUUGUGCUCCAUGCGCCCCCUGAUCAGCCGGUCGAAACGAUCGACGACAUCCUCGAAUAUGCUGUUCAGACACCUUUCCUCAUAUACUGCCUGACAGUCGCAAUCUUCUCGACCGUAAUGAUCUAUCGAGUCGCCCCGGUGUACGGAAAGAAAAAUCCUCUCGUCUACAUUUCGAUCUGCUCCACCGUCGGUUCGGUCUCAGUGAUGUCUGUCAAGGCCUUUGGAAUUGCGAUCAAAUUGACCAUCAACAACAACAACCAAUUUGUCCACGCAUCGACCUAUGUUUUCGCCAUUGUCACUGGCUUUUGCAUUCUUACUCAAAUGAACUUUUUCAAUAAAGCGUUGAACUCGUUCUCAACCUCCAUUGUGAACCCUCUCUACUAUGUGACAUUCACUACUGCCACCCUUUGCGCCUCCUUCAUUCUCUUCCAGGGGUUUAACACUACUGAUGCGGUCAACACCAUUUCUUUGUUGUGUGGCUUCCUGAUCAUCUUUACCGGUGUAUAUCUGCUGAACCUUUCGCGCCACGACCCGGAUGGACACAGUUUGGUGAGCUCGAAACUGGACGAUGAGGGUGUGCCAACGGAUGGCAUCGCAAGUUUUCAAACGCGGCGCUCAAUGCAGUCCCGUCGAAGCACUGAUCCUCAUCGCCGGAGCUCCUCCAGCAUCGCCUACUUGACUGGGCAAGGUGACCGUGAGGGACUCAUCCACUCAUAUGACCUCGAGAGCAACGGGAUCGGCUUGGAUGACUUAGAAGGAGAGCCAGGGCCAACCUAUGAGCAAGACCGCACAGUUCGGUAUACUAAACAGAACAACCUUGUCUCAUCACCCCGACCUUUCUAG